GCUGUGGUUGAAAAUCGGAAUCAAAGCAUGAUCAAGAUGCCCGUUAGUAAUGGCUAAAGACAAGGAGGUCCACAUUCUUGUUUUAGGGUUCAUGCGCUAGGGUUCUGGAUCACGAUGAGAGGCGAUGCGAGUUCUCCUCGCCUCCAGCAGCAGCCGCGGCUUGAAGCGGUGCCUCCACACCGCCAGCUUAGAUCGUUCCGACAUCGCCUCCGCCGUGCUGGAUCUCGAGAAACAGGCGGUGCGGGCAGAGAAUGCGACCUACGCACGGCUCCUCCAGCGCUGCGCACGGGCCCAAGCGCUACCCGAGGGCAGAAAGAUCCAUUCCCUGGCUGUCAAGCACAAUCUCUUGCCCGGAAAUCUCAUCCUGGGCAACCAUAUUGUGAGUAUGUAUGCUCAUUGUGACAGCCCCGGGGAUGCCAAGGCCGCUUUCGACGCCUUGGAGCAGCGCAAUCUCUACUCGUGGACAGGGCUGGUCGCGGCCUUCGCGAUCUCCGGCCAGAGCAAGGAGACGCUGCGAGCUCUGGAGAGGAUGCGGCAGGAUGGUGUUCGUCCUGAUGCAGUGACUUUCAUCACUGCCUUGGGCUCUUGCGGCGAUCCAGAGAGUCUGCGGGAUGGGAUCCGGAUCCACCAGAUGGUGGUGGACAGCCGCCUGGAGAUCGAUCCCAAGGUGAGCAAUGCGCUGCUCAACAUGUAUAAGAAGUGUGGAAGUCUCUCCCACGCCAAGAGGGUCUUUGCAAAGAUGGAGAGAACGAGGAACGUGAUAAGCUGGAGUAUCAUGGCCGGGGCUCACGCUCUCCACGGAAAUGUCUGGGAGGCUCUUCGCCACUUUCGAUUCAUGCUGCUGCUGGGUAUCAAGGCCACCAAGUCGGCCAUGGUGACGAUCCUCAGCGCUUGCUCCAGUCCGGCCCUCGUCCAAGAUGGUCGGCUGAUCCACUCGUGCAUCGCUCUCUCCGGGUUUGAGUCGGAGCUCCUCGUUGCCAACGCGGUGAUGACCAUGUAUGGACGCUGUGGAGCUGUGGAGGAGGCGAGGAAGGUCUUUGACGCCAUGGACGAAGCUCUCCGGGACGUGGUCUCGUGGAAUAUCAUGCUCUCGGCCUAUGUACACAAUGAUCGAGGUAAGGAUGCAAUUCAGCUCUACCAGAGGAUGCAACUGAGAGCUGACAAGGUGACAUACGUUUCGUUGCUCAGCGCGUGCUCUAGCGCUGAGGAUGUUGGACUGGGACGAGUUCUCCACAAGCAGAUCGUCAACGAUGAGCUCGAGAAGAAUGUGAUCGUCGGGAACGCGCUCGUUUCGAUGUACGCGAAGUGUGGAAGUCACACGGAAGCUCGAGCUGUUUUUGACAAGAUGGAGCAGCGGAGCAUUAUCUCUUGGACAACGAUCAUCUCGGCUUACGUGAGGCGGAGGCUGGUUGCGGAGGCUUGCCACCUUUUCCAGCAGAUGCUGGAACUGGAGAAGAACGGGUCCUCUCAGCGAGUAAAGCCCGACGCUCUGGCAUUUGUCACGAUUCUUAACGCUUGCGCCGACGUCUCGGCACUGGAGCAAGGGAAGAUGGUGUCCGAGCAAGCCGCUAGCUGUGGAUUAAGCUCGGACAAGGCCGUCGGGACUGCAGUGGUGAAUCUGUAUGGGAAGUGUGGAGAGAUCGAGGAGGGUCGCAGGAUUUUCGACGGGGUUUGUAGUAGGCCAGACGUCCAGCUCUGGAACGCGAUGAUCGCGGUGUACGCUCAAUUUGGACAGAGUCACGAGGCGCUUAAGCUGUUUUGGAGGAUGGAGAUGGAGGGCGUGAGGCCGGAUAGCUUCAGCUUCGUGAGCAUUCUCCUGGCGUGCAGCCACACGGGGCUGGAAGAUCAAGGAAAGAGCUACUUCACUUCCAUGACGACCGAGUACAGGAACGUGACGCGAACGAUCCAGCACUUUGGCUGCGUGGCUGAUCUUCUCGGUCGCGGUGGCAGGCUGAAAGAGGCCGAGGAGUUUCUGGAAAAGCUUCCGGUGAAGCCCGAUGCUGUGGCCUGGACGUCGCUGCUGGCCGCUUGUCGGAACCACAGGGACUUGAAACGAGCGAAGGAAGUGGCCAACAAGCUGUUGAGGCUGGAACCGAGGUGUGCCACGGGAUACGUAGCGCUGUCCAACAUCUAUGCCGAGCUCCAGAAGUGGCACGCCGUGGCUAAAGUCCGGAAGUUCAUGGCCGAGCAAGGCGUGAAGAAAGAGCGUGGCGUGAGCACCAUCGAAAUUGGCAAGUAUAUGCAUGACUUUGCCACCGGCGACGACGCUCAUCCUCGGAACCGUGAGAUACGUGAGGAGCUUGCGAAGCUCCACUCGCAGAUGAAGGAAUGUGGCUAUGUCCCGGAUACCAAGAUGGUGCUCCACUUUGUGGACGAGCAGGAAAAGGAGAGGCUGCUCUUCUCGCACAGUGAGAGGCUGGCUAUAGCUCUGGGUCUCAUCUCGACUCCUCUCGGAACUCCUCUGCGAGUCACGAAGAAUCUCCGGGUGUGUAGUGACUGUCACACCGCAACCAAGCUGAUCUCCAAGAUCGCUGGAAGAAAGAUUGUGGUCCGAGAUCCAACUCGGUUCCAUCUUUUCAAGGAUGGCAAGUGUUCCUGCCAGGAUUAUUGGUGACAGGCUCGAAGCAAUCACCCUCGUGAUCCAGAGCUCCGGCUUCCCUCUUGCCACUUCGAGGCAGCGUCGUAGCGCAUUAGUUCCAUCGUUUCUCGUGGAAACCAGAUCUCCAGCCGGCAAGAGCGCCGCCCCAGCACUCUAAACCGUCCUGCUGUAUAAUCCUGGAAGCAACACCUUAUUGGAAAGUGGAUCUUCUCCGUUCUCUCGGGAGUGAUCGGUAAGAGGCCGGUGCCAGUCCAUCCGACUCCAUUAGUAUUAUUUCAAAAGCAACAGCAAAAACCGCUAUGCCAUUACGCAACUUGAUCUGAUCAAACGUUCAUUCACCCGGAAGAAAGGCUCUCGCUCCGCGUUCUUCGUC